UCUAGGUCAACUUCCAAGCCCCUUCUUAUCCCGGAGAGGGAAGUGGAUGCACCAGCUCGCAAUGAGGGGUGCCUACUUGUGAGGCAUAUGAGUGUAACACUGGCAUCCGCAGCGCCACUUGGUCAUCUCGGGGUGUCGCCGUGAUUGGACUGAGGCCGGUCCUCGGCUACUCUCGAGAUAGAUCUUCGACAGAUGGCACAAUCCGAGACUUGGCCAAUCAUGCCGGUACGCCAUGGCAGGACGCUUACUCCACGAUGAGAGAUAUUGGCAUUCUGCUAAAAAUGGAUGCCGGGGUGUUAAGCAGGGAGACGAAGAAGUUAUAAAUAUGGCCGCAUGUAUUCCCCAGUCUCAUGCAAAUCCCAAGAUCGUCCAGAACAUCAAACUCCCCUCUCUCAAACCUUAAUCAUACUUCUUCAUCUCGUUGUACAUGAUGCAUUCCGUUUCUAAGGGUCUUCUCCUGGUGCUGAGCAGCCACCUGCUCGCUGCUACUGCCCGUCCUGUGGCCACGAAGACUUCCACUGCCACGGCCACUGAAACUCCUGCAAGCUACGGAGAUUACGGCAACUAUGGCAACUACGGAAACUACCAAGCCUACAAGAGGGACGGCGAGCCUGAGGCGGAUGAGACGACCAGCAGCGUGUCGUCGACUGCCUCUGCCACCUCCACCACUGCUGCGGGAUAUGGCAACUAUGGCAACUAUGGAAACUACGGCACCUAUGGUAGCUACCAAAACUACAAGCGUGGCGAAGAGCCCGACCCUAGCUUGAGCACCAGCACCACUAUCCCUACUACCACUGCCCCUGCUAGCUACGGCGACUACGGCAACUAUGGAAACUACGGAAACUAUGGCAGCUAUGAAGCCUAUAAGCGUGGCGAGGAGCCUGACCCCAGCUCUAGUACCUCUACUGCGGUUCCUACUACUACCGCCCCUGCUAGCUACGGAGACUAUGGAAACUAUGGCAACUACGGUAACUAUGGCAGUUACGAGGCCUACAAGCGUGGUGAGGAGCCCGAUCCUAGCUCAACCACCACCACCGCGGUCCCUACGACCACUGCACCGGCCAGCUACGGCGACUAUGGCGACUACGGCAACUAUGGCAACUACGGUAGCUACGAGGCGUACAAGCGUGACGAGGAGCCCGAGGUGAGCAGCACUGCUUCUGCGACGAGCUCGACCGAGACUGCGACCACGACUGCGGCGAACUACGGCAACUAUGGAAACUACGGCAACUAUGGCACGUAUGCCAGCUAUGGAUCGUACAAGAGGGAUGCUGAGCCCCAGCCCGACCAGGACAGUGAGUCCUCGACCACCUCUGCUGCCAGCACGACCACUGCUGCUGCGGGAUAUGGGAACUACGGGAACUACGGCAACUACGGCAAAUACGCUUCUUACGGCAGUUAUUAAGAAGAGAGUUGAGUGCGUGAUGACACGGAGGACAAGUGUUACCUGAGCAAAAGUUGGGGGUGACGCUGCUGGGAUUGGGAGAUCAAUCAUGAUAAUGAUGUCUAAGAAUGUGUUAUUCUGUUGUAUUUAUUGGCAAUGGAUUAGUUAAUUAGAUAAAUAUAAUGUAGCGUUGCUUGUUUUUGAA